AUUUUCUAUAGCUUUCACAUACGUCAGUUAUGUAUAAAUUAAGGUAGUUGUUUUAUAACUUAUUAACAGGGUACCACAAUAAUAUUAUGAAUGCCGCCCUUACGGAUGAUCUUCAUGUUUCUUUUUGCCGUCGUCGCCGUCAAUAUUUCGAAUUAUAUAUUUUACUAUCGCAUUUAUACGCCAAUGAAUAGAAACUGUUUUUAUGUUAACCGGAACAUCAGUUCACAAAAUUCUAUCAACACGUCGACAUAUUUAUCUUUCAUUAAUAAUAAAGACAUUACAAGUGACAAUGGUGUUUCCGAAACGGAAUACGCUGAUCUAAUGGUCUCACUUAAGGGCCUUUACACAUUUUACCCGUUAGAAGUGAAGAAACAAGGAUUGCCUCGAUGCCCUGAAAAGCCACCGAACUUGGGACCAGUUGUGGAAGACACAGUGAUGAAGUCUUUAAAGGCGUUCGAUAAACUGUAUUCGGAAGUUCAAAUCGGCGGCGCUUAUUGUCCAACGAAAUGUGUAGCACGACAACGAGUCGCCAUCAUUGUGCCGUUUAGAAAUAACAAGAGCCGCACAAACAUCAGACAUCUUGGCACGUUUAUGUACAUGAUGCAUCUGUUUCUAAUGAAGCAACAGUUGGAAUAUCGGAUUUUUGUGAUCGAACAGGCUAACGGGAAUCAUCCUUACAACCAAGGGAAACUAAUGAACGCUGGCUACACUGAGGUACACCGUAGACGCAGCGGCAGAUAUAGAUUCAACUGCCUAAUAUUCCAUGAGCCUCAUAUCGUGCCAAUAGACACAAGGAACUUGUACAGAUGCAGCCGCUUUCCGAGAUUACUGUCUUCCGUUUUGGAAAAACCUGAUAAGUCAAUAAAAAAUUUGAAAUUUGGCAACGCUGUCGCGAUAUCAAUGGAGCAGUUCAUUAGAGUUAAUGGAUUCUCAAAUAUCUACUGGGACAACGAUAGAUAUUACGAAGAUCUAUUCAAUCGAUUAAAAAACGCUAAUUACUCGAUCGUUCGAAGUAACCCAUUGAUCGGAAAAUACGUACAAGUAAAACAAUUUGAAGUACCCGUUUUCAACCAGUAGGUAUCAAAUACUGGACGCUAUGCCCAUCCAUUAGUCUGAAUUAGCCGUAACAUCAUCACCACUGAAUCUAAUAGAUGGUCUUACAACGGUAAAGUAUAAAGUCAACGAUUUUGAGCUGAAAUAUAUAUUCACCUACAUUAACAUAUCCCUCGAAGAUGAUUUUGCUAGUACGAUGGAAUAUCCGAAAGUGAACUCUACAUAAAGACAAAAUAAAUAUUUAAAAAUUUA